UGUUGUCAUGGACGCCUAAAAUGUCUGAAAUAACAACGACGAGAGAGAACACAAUAUUCGUUGAUUAACAAGGAUCAUUUAUCUCCUGAUACAUUUGUAAUGCAUUUUGGAAACAAUACAUGAUCGUUUUUUUUAAAUCUACGAUUAGCGGCCGUGGUUGAAACGGAAAUAUUUAUCGGAAUUCUUUAAAGCACAAUCGCGUAACGGUGUCAGCUUUAUUUAUUUUCAAGUAGAAUUCGAUAAUUUUCACAAUUUCACAAAUCUGCUUGUGCUAAAUUGUUUGGAGAUGAAGUUUGCGUGUCGCCGUCGGGUUUCGUAUUUCAUCGAGAGGAGAUCCUAAAAGGAGGUUCUCAUAUGGAAGAGCAGCAUGGAGUGGCCAGAAGAUUUUCCCGAUGACCAAGCCUUUGUUGAGCUGGUGGUCCCUGCACACUCCAGCGAGCUAGACUAUGAGCAGCUCGUCAAAGACACCGAAGAGAAACUCAAACUCAAUGCCAACAGUAUUGAACAGCAUCUGGUGGAACUCAAAGCCAAAAUGGGAGACUUGCGUCCAGGCGAGCGUCCGCCCAGCCCGACAGAGUGCAUGCGGUGGUUCGAUCUCAAAAUGCUCAACAGUGUCAGCACGGGGCAUCAGGAACUCAUGGACUUCUUCACUUGCUUGCAAGACUACCUGAGGUCAAAAGAGGAAGGAAGAGAGGAUGCCACUCUGCAGCUAUUACUCAACCUCUCAUCCCAGAGGGGUAUCUGCUUCCCUUGUACCCCAUCUUCAUCCUUGUCUUUCGCUCAACAUCAUCUCCUUACCGCUCCCUUUCCCUUGUUACAUACAAUCAAAGAUGACUCUUCAUCCGAGAUGCAGGUAGCAUGGGAAGAUGUCCGUCUUCAGCUCCGCUGCUAUCUGUUGGAGCGUCUGUCGACCGAAAGCCAAACGACUGGUGGAGUACCUUUCUUGUCCAUCAAUCAACGAGUCCAUCGCCUGCAGCAGCUGUGCUUCUUGUACCCUGAGUGUGAAGUGCUCACUCAUUACCAGGAAGUAAGAGGCCAAGCCAUGCUUGCUCUCCUGCACUGCGCCAUGUCCUCCAGUCCAGCUAAUGUCACCGGCUUUGACAGACUGACUGUGGCCUUCCGCUCGGUGGUCCCGGCUCUCACACGGGCCCUCAGAGAAGACCUUCACAUCCUUCCGAGAGUAGUUGAGCAGGACGCCAUCUUGGGCUUCCUAAAUGCAUCCUACCUCCGCCCUUUGGCUAGUGAAUUGACCUCCCUGAUGGAGAGAGAAUGUGAGACAGCUUUGAGGGACAACACCAUGCCCGGCAGCAAGAUAAAAAGAUAUUCAUCCAAGUCUCGUGCAACAGUCGCACCAAUGGAGGUUCCCGUGAAAAGUAGAAGCUUCAGUUUGACCUCCCACCAGCUGAGGGCCUUAACUCAGCUGGCUUGCACACUGCUGGCCUAUGAGAGCAAAGUCAAAGAGAUGGUCACCAACAUGACCUUCAUUAAUUGUACAGGCGAGGCUCCCUGCGUAAAAGGCAUCUUGAAAAAGGGGAAAGAGGAGUCAGACAUGGUGAGAUUAGGCAAGACAUUUACAACACCAACUUUUCACACGUCGCAGGUACUGGAGUUUGAUUGGCGGUUGGCCUUUAGUGGGCUGGUUCCUCAUAUGGCUCACUGUGUCAAAGUGGUGCUGGAUGAUGUUUGUACUAAAAGUCUUCAGCAGGAGGAAGCCCUCCAUUCUUCGGGUCACUACUCGCUCCUGAUGGAAAAUUUAAGUGGACAUCGGAGCAUCAAUGAUGGCGACAUGGAUGUUACUCAGAACAAAUUUGAUGCCUACCCAGAGAGAGACUCUCCUACCAUGGUAGCUAAGUUUUGUGUUCCAUUGGUUGAUGAGCUGGAUGCCUUGCUACCUCUGGCAACUGCCUGCCGGGACAGCUCUCUGCUGGAGGUUCGAUCGAGCUUUGUGGAGGCGUGUAGCCAGGGAGCGUUACGCGUGCUGGGCCGCUUAGAGCAGAGAGCCCUGGAAGUCCCGUCCUCUCUACCACUGAGGAACCUGCCUGUACUGUUGGCCACUUGCAUUUACGUACUCCAACGAUUGGAACGCUACAAUGCACGGCUGAAGGACUCAACCUCUACUUUAGCCAAAGUGCACCUUGGACUGCUGCCUGUCCAGAAGUACCAGCAAGCCGUCGAGGCCUUAAAAGAUCAACUGAGCAGCUAUUGCAUCCAGGUUUGUGCCACGUGUGUGCUUCAGGAUGCGGAGAGCCACCACUGGGCUGACCCCAAGCCCUUUUAUGAGGGUGAGCGCUGUUCCUUCUCCGUGCAGAUGUGGUUCUACUUCCUGUGUGGUCUCCGUAGUGAUCUGUGGGCUGUUCUCCCGCCACAGUUGGCCAAAGAGUUGCUGGGCCAGGUGCUGUCGGAGACUUUACAGGUGCUGGUGCAAAGAUAUGCCAGGGCCCAGCCGUCCUACAAGAGACACCUGCAGAUAAGAACUGACAUCACAGCAGUGCUGCUAUUCGUGGAGCAGCUGAUGUGGAGUGUGUGUGAAAGUCCCGAGGCCUUGCUUCGUCGCGACCCUUCUUCAGUGAUCACCAUCAUAGCGGGAGGAUCCGACUGGCCCUACCAGAUCCAUAGCUUGUGUGAACAACUCCUGAAUGUCCUCGUUAUUGGCACCGCCCCUCUAACUUUGCUAUAUAGAACCUUUAUGGAUAACGAUGCGCGGGAGUCAACACUACACCAGUUGGACCGCCCUAUGGUACACUGGCUAAAUGCUCUCGAACCAAAAGUCUACACACAACAAGCCAUCCAAGAUGGCCUUAUGGGCCAGGAAGCAUCUGCAUGUCAGCUCCGACUGCUGACCUCUGACCCGGGAAGCAAUCCCAGGUUGCUACUGCGAAUGCUGCUUCACAGAGACUGUCACCUGCCCCGUAUGCUCCUGGAAAACUCUUAUUUUUGCCUUGAGAACCAGCUAGAAAUAUCUCCACAGGAACGCAGAGCGGGAGAUGGCUUCAUCGUGGCACUUUUCAACAUUUUUACAUGCCUAAAUGUGAGCCCAAAGACCUUAACUCAGGUCCUUCAACCAUACCUGGAGAGUCUGCAUGUAUGGGAACAUCUCUACACUCUGCCUGAAAUGAUCCAGGAAGUGCCCGUCGUGGUGGACUGUAUCAGGGUAAUAGUCACCAAGUCUACCGACACCCUUCUGACUCACUUGGUUACCAUGGUGACGUACUGGCAGGCCAACGAGGAACCCGGCGCAGCUUCGUCGGUCAGAGUUGUUCCAGAAAGCGUCUUGGCUAAGGUGCCCAAAAGCUGGAAUUACAGACCAGUGGAAGUACGAGGACGGGAGACUGGGAAGGGAGACUCUUCGUCUAAGACUGUCACAUCGCUGGCUAUUCAAGCCAUGUCCUUCAUUUUCACCAACCUGCCGCUGGUUGUAGCGUCCUUGCCCCUCCCCAUCCGCUACCUCUUCCAAACGGCAGAGCAACACCUCUCUCAGCAUGCCCGGCAACUGCGCUCAAUGGGCCUGUUGCUGUGGUGCCUUUUUAACUGCCUGAUCCGUAGUCUCGGAGAGCCGCGCGCACUUGAAGGAAUCAGCGGGCUAGUCCUGAACUGUCAGGCUAAGGAUCGGCUGGCCCUGUUGGCCGAGUGUCUGCAGGCGUCAAUGGGGAUUCAACAGAAGGGUGUGCCCAAACCCACCGUGCACAAGGUGCUGCAGGCUCUGGAGGAAAAGAGACCAAAGUGGAUGAACAUGCAGCUGCAAAAGGCCCGCAAACUCUGCAUAAACAGCGUCCACGAGCAAGGCAACGAAAGCGGAAUGGCUGCAGCCGAACUGACCGAGCAGAAAAUGGGCCUGAUGCUGCUGGAGGUCUGCCACAAAGCAGGGGGCAGCGACUACCUGAGGCACAUCCAUCACAUCAUCCAAGGCAAUGAGGAUUUGCUGAUGUCCAAAUUGAGUGGGAACACGGACUUGAUCUGUGAUACACCUUGCGUGGUGAGCUUUGACGUGGGUGAUUGUUUGCCCACCGCCAAAUUCAACCCCCUUGAGCAGUUUGACCGAAUUGGCAAAAAGAAGAUGAAUCAGGUUGCAAUGGUUGAGUGGGCGUGGGAGUGGCAAAGGCUGCUGCCAGCGUAUCAGGACAUGUGUCAAAUCACCUUCAAAACUCUGCUGGCCAACAGGUGGGAGAUGCAGGAUGGUGCAGAGCUGGAAGACGAGGAGAAAAUAAUGGUAGAAGAACUCCGACGAGCCUAUUUUGUUUGCCGCUGCGACGCGGGACCGCGGGAGUCUCGUGAAGCAGAUGAAACGACGGCUGAGCGGACCCAAGGGGGGGUCCGCAACCGGCCGAUAAAAACUGCUGCCCAAUAACAGUCUGAGCAGUUGGAAUUUUUAUCAUGCUGUAAAUGUUUAGUUGUAAUGCGCACUUGCAGCUCUCACGGUAUUAGAGUGUGUGUGUGUGCGUGUGUGUGUGUGCGUGUGUGCAUAGUGCAGGUGUCUACAGUAUGCUAGUGCAGUGUGUGACAAUGAGUUUGCUUCUGCCUAAAUGUGUCUCUUCUUCUCCACAUCACAUCAGUCACAUUUCAUCUUUUUUGGAGCACAUCUCCAGACAUCAGUUGAGGGAAAUGGAGAAGACGCAUUUGUUUGCCCGGGACAAGGUGGGACUGUGUGAUCAUGGGAGAUUUUUAUUUUUUUUAAGCAGCGUGUGUAAAGAUGGUGGUGUCAGCAUACUUUUUUUUUUUAACUCCCUGAAAAAAAAAUUACGGUUGGGAAGAGAGAGGCGAUGUUUGUUUUGAUUGUAGCUUGUUUCAAAACCUACCUUCACUGUAAUGCCUGUCACUAUAUAUAUAUAUCUAUCUAUAUAUAUAUAUACAUUUUAAAAAUAUUUUUUCAAGUUAUGAGAUUACUAAAUAUACUUAAAAAACACAUCUGACAUACAUACAAAAUAUUUUGUUGUACAAACUUACAUGGAUGGCAGGGACAAUGAUUCAAUAAUAGAAAUAAAGUGUCAUUUAUAAAACAAAAAACUGUUUUUUUGUCAAUUGUCGACAUUUUUGUAAGUCAUAGCCAGCAAUAGAUUGUGCUAUGUCCUUCCCUAAUAUCAUAUGCAUCAGACAAGAACCUGUGCAAGAGUUGAAUUAUCAUAUGAAUUAAUUUUACCUUCCUUCCUGAGCUGCAUCCAUUCAUUUUCAAUGCCACCAUUUUCUCACUUUGCUACAAGGUCUUUUUCAAAUUCAGUGGCUUUGCCAUCUUCUUUACCAGCAAAAAAUGCUUUGCGCUGAUGCCCACUCAAGAAAACAAAGCUGCUCGGGCGCAUGAGGUGCUUUGAGUGGGGCUCGAUUCGUGAACAUGAGCAACCGAGUCAUAUGGUUUGGGAACAAAAACAAAGCGGGUAUGCGAGAACAUUUUACUCGUGAUUUUAACUGCUUGUUGUAAGGUGUCCUUGAGUUUCUAGAAAGGCGCCCACAAAUAAAAUGUAUUAUUAUUAUUAUUAUUAUUUUAGUUUUUAAAAACAUGGCUGAAAAUGGAAUCAUAUGAAAACUAGGUCAUAUAAAUGCUGUGCUACCACUGUCCUGUAUGUUCAAAUUAGCAGAUUCUUUUUUUAAACAAGGACGUGUGCACUCUGCUCAAUUCCCAUGCCAGAAAGCUUUUGUUCUCUGCCCAAGAUGGAUGCUUGGCUUACAAUGCAAAUGGCAGAACAUUACAAAUACCACACCACUUGGAUGACACAAAAGACAAUAAAAUGUUCAGCAAGUCAA